GCUGGGGUAACUGGCGUUGGUCUGAGGCCUUCAGUGUGGACAACGGGGGACUCUGUUAAGGACUAUCCAAUAUAAAGGACGGACUGCGUCGCUCAUCAUCAAGGUGUUGCAGCUCAACGGUGUCCAGAAACAGGUAAUAAUCUGUGGUCGCCAGGUGAUGUGUAGUUACCUGUCUCAGGACAUUGAUCUGCGGGUGGUGCAGCACUAUGUGAAUCCAGAAGGCCAGACGGUGGUUAAGGAACAUGUUGACUGUCUGGAGGCUGGGAGGAAGCUGCCCUCCUACGUGCUGGAGGACUCAGAGCUGACAGAGCUGUGUGUCAGAGCCAGAGGAGAUGAGGACUGGUCUCGGGAUGUCAGACUGGAGAGGAAGGAGAAGGAGAGGGGGAGUAGCUCUGUGGUACAGGUGCCUUGUUCCAGCGGCUCGUUGCUCUACGUGUGGUGCACCCUGAUCACCAUGGAAACGGACUCUCACAUGCAGCAGAGAGUGGUUGUAUUUAGUCCUCUGUUCAUGAUGCGUAGCCACCUUCCAGACCCUGUCAUCAUCCACACAGAGAAGAGAAGUCUGGGGCUGAGAGAGAGUCAGCUGAUCCAGGGACAGGGUCACCAGGAACAACUACUGAACACGGAGAAUGACCUGACACACCACCUCACCUUCCAGGCCAGUGAGGACGAGGAUGCGUCUCACUGUGCGGUGCCCAUCUCCACCAGUGUGAUCAAACAGAUAAUGAACAGGAACCAGGCUGGGUUGGAGGACAGCCAGGACCACAUACUGGCAGACUUCUACGGUCUGAAGAACAACAGCCAGUCUCCAUGGCCCUAUGUCAGCAAGGACACAGACAGGCCUGGAUCAGAGGUCCUAGCCCAGUGGGACAGCCCCAUGCAGGUGAAGUUGUCAGCCUGGAUGUCUGGUCUCAACACUCUUCUAGUAGAGCUCAUCCCCUGGGCCCUGUUGACCAACCACUCUACAUGGGACCUCUGGCUGUUUGAAGGAGAGACCAUCGUCCUGCAGAUACCCGCUGGAAAGACCCUCGUUCCUCCUAACUUCAAGGAGGCGUUUCAGCUGGGUAUCUACUGGUUCGACACUAACACGGUCCAUAAGUCUACAGCCCUGAAGCUGGUCCAUGACCUGACGUCUCCGCGCUGGAAAGAGGGUGUCAGUCCUGAGGUCCUCACCCUGGACGAGGAGGGCUAUGUGGAGGCAGAGAUCCCCCUGGGGAGGAACCCUGGGAGACAGAAGGUUUGUCAGUUCUGCGUGUCGUCUGUGGUGAGACAUGGCAUCCAGAUUAUCCAGAUAGAAGACAGGACCAUCCUGGUUAACAACACCCCCUACUUCCUGUCAUAUAGAGCCCUACUGUCUGACCAGGCCCUGGGGACCACAGACCAGGCCUGUUCUCUCCCAGAUACAGCGGUGCUCAGCCUUGCUCCAGCAGGAGAGAACACACCUUCCACACCUGUCUCUGUGGCCUGCUGGGACCUGCUGAGAAAGGAGGGGGAGAUCCCUCAGUUCCCUCUACCAACCAGACACAUGAUGUUCAGCUGCCUGCCCACCAUAGACUCUGGACCUGCAGCUGGGUCUGAGUCCUGGAGCCUCCCGGCCCCCAUCAGACCUGACUUCCCCAGGCAGAGUGUGGCCGUCCCUGGGGAGAUCUGCAGUAGCAGUGGUCUGAGCACCAGAGCGUUGGUGAUGACGUACCAGGAACACCUGGGCGUCACCUACGUGACGCUGAACGAGGACCCCUGUCCUCACAUGGUCAUCCACAACCAGACCCCUCUGUCUAUGCUGCUCAGGGAGAAUGUCAAGGAACCCCCCAGGACAGAGGUGUACUGCCGCCCCCUCCCUGCCAACUCCUCCCUCCACCAUGACCUCUACCACCACUUCUCCAGCUUCCCUGCCUGCAGACAGAGAGAGCCUCUGCCCACCGUGCUGCUGAAGGCCAGUCCUGACCCCAACAGUCUGCAGCCCAGCGACCUGCAGGCGUCUCCGGAGUGGAGCGACCCCGUGGACAUCAACUGCCCCGGCACACAGGUGGUUUUCCUUCCAGGGUUUGGCUGUCUCUACAUAGAUGUCGUCCAUCAGGGUGGCACAGUCAUCCUCACCCUGGCACCAGAGGGCAGCGUGGACUCUGUCAUGAGCCUGCACAACAGGACGUCCAAUCGGAAGCUGGCGUUCAGGGUGUUGCUGAGCGAGGCCAGUGUGUCGCUGAGUGAUGACAUCACCAGUCGUUCGGGUUCCGUGGAGCUCUUGAGGCUGACUCUGUCCAAACUGCUACUGAACCUGUGUCCCGCCCGUCUGGGUGACUCUGGCAUGGGGCUGGUCACCGCCGGGAUGGGAGAGGCCUGUCUGGUCGAAGUCCACUGUGCCAGCCUGCAGGUGGAUAACCAGCUGUAUAACCGUGCCAGCUUCCACUUCCCAGUGUUGUUGUGCCAGGAGCAGUGUGUGGAUCUCCCCCUCUGGACCAGCGAUGCCAACCCCACCACCUCACUACAGGCCCUGGAGGAGUUUAAGGCGUCGUGCUUCCUCCAGCUGGGACUCACCUUGGACAGGUAUAAUACCAUGUCAUCUCUUUAUUGGCCAUGGAAGUAAUACCAAUAUCAGCAUACCAACUAUACAGCAUCAUGAAU